AAAUUAGUAUCAAGAAACAUUUGGAAAGCAUGUAAAAUAGAUUGGUGGAAAGUAUUCAACACCGGAUGUAGGCUUUCUCAAGAAACGAAGUGGGUCUAAUUUUGGGAAUGACCGUUCGGAUUUUAGGCCUUAGUAUAAAAUAUUUUCCGUUGCUGCGAGGAAUCUCAAUCCAUCCAUAUCUUCAAAGCCCUAAAGCUGGCUAUAGGUCUUUCUGUGACGGCAAAGAAACUCGAAGAAUGGAGUUACCUGAGGGAAUAAUUAUGGGUUUUGGCAAUCCCCUGCUAGACAUCACCUGCAACGUCGAGGACAAUGUGCUCCUGGAGAAGUACGGCCUGGAACCAAAUGCUGCGAUCAUUGCCGAUGAAAAGCAUGACGCACUGUUUGACGAGCUGAUGAACAUGGAGAACGUCACCUAUUCGGCAGGUGGAGCCUGUCAGAAUUCGAUGCGCGUCUUCCAGUGGAUCGUGCAGACUCCAUUUCGAGCCGUUUUUACCGGCGCCGUUGGCAAGGACAAACUGGGUGACCGCAUCGAAAAGAGAGCCACAGCCAAUGGCCUGCUAACACUUUACCAAGUAAAGGAAGAACUGCCAACAGGCUCGUGUGCGGUGAUUAUCAAUGGACCAAACCGCUCUUUGGUGGCUAACUUGGGAGCUGCCUCGCUCUACUCCGAGGACUGGCUUGAUGACGAGGAGAACGCCUGCGCCCUGGAACGUGCUGCUUACUUCUAUAUCACUGGCUUCUUUCUUGCUGUCUGCUCCCCGGUCGUGGAACGAGUGGCGAUAAUGUGCUCCGAAUCCAACAGAAUAAUGAUCCUUAACUUCAGUGCCGUGUUCGUGCUGCAGAUGCAGAAGGAUGCACUGGCCAAUAUCCUUCAGUACGUUGACAUCAUUAUCUGCAAUAAGGAGGAGGCCAUUGCUUUCAGCGAAACCACAGACUGGAAAACGAAGGACGUCUUUGCAAUUGGCUCGCAGCUACAGAAGAUGCCCAAAGCCAAUGUCCGCCCUCGCAUUGUUAUGAUCACAGAUUCCGCGUGCCCGGUUCUUGUUUUCCAGGAUAACGACCGCAUUCUGGAGUAUCCCGUUCCGCCCGUAAAGCGUGGCGAGGUUUUUGACACCAACGGUUGUGGGGACGCCUUUGUAGGCGGAUUUCUGGCCAUGUACGUCCAAAGGAUGCCCUUGGAUUACUGCAUCCGCACGGGAAUAUUCGCAUCACAGCAAAUCCUAAAUGUGGUCGGGGUCCAAAUCGAAAAACUGCCUAAGUUUAGCGAAGCAUGCAUCUAAGACGAAUUGGCGCUGAUCAUAGUGCUACCAAAAUUAUGAAGUGUGAAAUUCCAUCAAAAAACAUUUAGAGUUUAAAUAUUGAAUCUUUAAACAUUCUCCUCUCGUCCACCAAACACAAAUGUGUUAAGCCAAAUAAAUUCUUAACUUGA